AUGAAGUCCAAUCCAACACUCUCUCCAACCAUCAGGAACGGUGGUGUUUAAUGGGUAGUGGAAAAUGCAGCGUGCUCCGGUGACCGUUGAGCAAAAGUUGUUGGAAAAAGCGAUCCAGGAAGAAUGUCCAUGGGAGAAUCUUCCCAGGCGACUUCAACCAAUUGUGUCUUCCAAGGAAGAAUGGAACACAAGGAUAAUUGAAUACUGCAUAAAGAAGAGACUUCAAUGGAAUAGUUGUUUUGCCCGUAAAGUUUGUAAAGAAGGCGAAUAUUAUGAAGAUAUGAUGCGCUACUUGCGAAAGAAUCUAGCUCUAUUUCCUUAUCAUCUGUCGGAGUACGUGUGCCGUGUAAUGAGAGUAUCACCUUUCAGAUAUUACUGUGAUAUGAUUUUUGAAGUAAUGAAAAAUGAGCAACCUUACGAUAGCAUCCCGAAUUUUAGUGCUGCAGAUGCUUUAAGACUUACAGGAAUUGGGAGAAAUGAAUUUAUUGAUAUAAUGAACAAGUGCAGAUCCAAGAAAAUAAUGUGGAAACUGAACAAGUCAAUAGCAAAAGAACUUUUGCCUACUCAACCUGUGGAUUUUCCAAUUGAACCGUGGUGGAGAGUUUGUCUUGUGAACUUUACCUUGGAGGAAUUUAAGAAACUCUCAGAAGAGGAGAUGGCCACAAUAGACAAAGUCUGCAAGGAGGAAGCAAAUUCAUUUGUUAAGCUUGAUCCUAACAUUGUAAGGGGUUUUUGCAGACGAGGACUGAUUUAUUUUGAUGUUCCUGUAUGUCCUGAUGAUCGGAUUAAAGUUUCCGGGCUUGAAGGCUUUGUUUCCAACAGGGAGCAGUCUUAUGAAGAUCCUAUUGAAGAGUUGUUGUAUGCAGUUUUUGUUGUUUCAAAUGAAAAUGCAACUGUUAGUGAGUUGGCAACAACACUACAGGCUGACUUGUCACAACUGCAGGCUACUGCUGCUUUUGUGUGUAGAUUGGGAUGGGCAACAAAAGUAAUUGAUCCCGCAUCUAUUCUUGGAGAUACAAGUAUGCCUGUAUCUCCUAGAAGUACAGUCAGUGACGAAGAUGCUUCUGUUGCUAGUCAGGGUUCAGAUAAUAUACUUGUUGAUAAUGACUCCAUUCAACAAGGGGAUACUUCAGGUUCAGGGAACUACGGUCCUCGUUCUGCCUGUACUCGUGUGGCUUUCAUAGUUGAUGCUAAUAUUACAUCCUAUCUGAUGAUGGGAUCUGUUUCACCAGGCCUGAAAUCUCAUGCUGUUACACUCUAUGAAGCGGGGAAGUUGGGUCAUGCCAGCAUUGCUGAUCUUUGCAAGGAUCUUAGUACAUUGGAGAGUGCAACAUUUGAGGGAGAACUACAGGAAUUUGCAGAUCAUGCAUUUAGUCUACGUGUUGUAUUAGAAUGUCUACAAUCAGAUGGAAUAGCUACCGAUAAAAAAGAUGAGGGAGGUUUGGAUAAGCCGGGUAUGAUUACCUCAAGCAAUGAUGAGUCAAAUUCUGUGAUAGAUGAAAUCUCCUUGGCUGAAAAUUCAGGAAACUCUGGUGUUACGGAAGCUGUAAUAAAUAAUGAUGAUUUAAUAAAUGUUGAUUCAGAGAAGCUUGUGGAGGCUUCCGUUCACUCUGAAUCUGUUCCUAGCGGUAUGGAUGGUGGAAACCAUUCUAUUACUUUGGAAGAUGACAGUAGUCAUAUUCAUGAAACUGACAAGUCAGGCGCAAACUUCCAGGGCAAUGAGAAACUAGUAGUAGUUGAAGGGUCAGAUGUUGAAGCAGAAAUGCUAAAGAGGAAAAAGAAAUGUUGUGUAGACAUUCUUCGCUCUGAAAGCUUGGCUUCUCUUGCUCCGGCAACUCUGAAUCGUUUGUUUCUUCGUGACUAUGAUAUACUUGUGCCCGUAGUGCCUCUUCCUCAUUCAUCAAUUCUUCCCGGACCCACAGGUCCAGUUCAUUUUGGUCCUCCCACAUAUUCUUCUUUGAGUCCUUGGAUGAAAUUGGUAUUAUAUUCAACUGCAGCUAGUGGGCCUCUAUCAGUUGUUUUGAUGAAAGGACAGUGUCUGCGUUUCCUUCCUCCUCCAUUGGCUGGUUGUGAGAAAGCCCUUAUAUGGUCUUGGGAUGGUUCCACAAUAGGAGGGUUAGGAAGGAAGCUUGAAGGGAAUUUAGUGAAGGGAAGUAUAGUCUUGCAUUGUUUAAAUUCACUCCUUAAACAUUCAGCUGUGCUGGUGCUGCCUCUCAGCAGGUGUGAUCUUAACGAGUCUGGAAAAGUGAUUACUUUGGAUGUCCCUUUGCCCUUAAAGAACUCCGAUGGGUCAAUUGCCUCUGUAGGUAAGGAGUUAGGACUAUGUGAAGAGGAAAAUUCGAAGUUGAAUUAUCUGUUGACUAAUUUGGCAAACAACAUGGCACUGUGGACAGUUGGUUAUAUUCGGCUGUUGAAAUUAUUUAAUGGAACAGAAUCAGGCCAGUUCUCUUCUGAGAAAAAGUAUGAAUGGGUUCCAUUGAGUGUGGAAUUUGGGAUGCCACUAUUUAGUCCAACAUUGUGCAGUAAUAUAUGUAGAAGGAUAGUUUCAUCUGAGAUGCUUCAAUCUAACUCAUUUGUUGAACACCAUGAUGCAAUGCAAAGCUUAAGGAAAAAGUUGCAUGACAUUUGUGCUAAGUUCCAAUCAACAGGUCCCGCUGCAAAGCUUCUUUACCAGAAAGAGCAAGCUAAGGAGUAUGUUGGACAACUUAUGACCUAUGCCAGGGGAAGGUGGAAUCCACUUAUGGAUCCUUCUACUCCCAUUUCAGGUGCAUCAACUGUGCAUCAGAGGUUAAAACUUGCUAAUCGUCGGCGCUGCCAUGCUGAAGUGUUGAGCUUUGAUGGAAGUAUUCUUAGAUCAUACGAAUUAACUCCUGCUUGUGAAGCUGCCACAGGGCCCAAUCAAGAAGCCCCUCAAGCCAAUUCGAUGAAAACUCCAGCUUGUGAAGAAAAUGAUAGUAAAGAAGCAAUCUUUCCUGGUGUUAAUCUUAUUUUCGACGGUUCUGUGUUGCUUCCAUUUGAUAUAGGUGCGUGCCUCCAGGCUCGCCAACCUAUUUCCUUAAUAACAGAAGCAGCAGCUGCCUCAGCGUAUGUAGUAAUCAAAUAGGGCUACAGUCAUAAUAGAUUACUCCACUUCGUAUCUUGGAUGCAUAUGAAUAGCAAUACCAGCGACUCACGUGCCAAUGUUGAUGUUACUGUGGUUUGUAUGCCUCUUCAAUAUUUAUGGUUAUGCACAAGCUUGGGCUUAUGUUGAAGGUUUUGCUAGAUCAGGAAAUAAACACAUCACUUAAACAAUGUAUAUAUGACAGGAUUCUUCUUGUUCCUGUCACAUACUUGUAGCAAGAAGGUCAUUAAGGAUUACGUAGCCGUUGGAAACUCCCGUA